GCCCCGCCCCGCCGAUCGUGCGGGCUCCGCCGCCGAGCCGCGGCCGGCCCGGCGUGGUUCCGGAGCGGCGGCGCCACUGCCCGGUGUCGGCGGCGGGCGGGGAGGAGCGGAGAGCCAUCGGGCUGCGCAGGGCCCGCCGGGUCUCGCGCGGCGGAGCUCGCCCGCCCGGCGCCGGGGCACGGGCGGGGCGGGGUGGUCCCACCCCCGCGGGCGGAGCCGGGCCCGGUCGACGAGAUGGCGGCGGGCCUGAGGGCGGUGAGGCGCUGGGGGCUGGUGGCGGCGCCGCCCAGCCUUGCUUUUACUCGUUCUGCAUUUGUUGUGAAAAAAGCGAAUAAUGCCCAACCAAACUGGCUGGGAGUUGGCUUGGCGUUUGGCACCAGUGCUGCCUUGUGGGCUCUCCAUAUCAAGCAGCAUAAUGAAGAUGUAGUGGAAUAUGAAAGAAGAAAAGCGAGAGCACAUAAGUGUAAACAAUGUUCAUAGCUGAUGACAUGGUCACAAAGAGAUGUGCACUACAGAGCCAAGUGUAUAUGGAUGUCCUACGAAUAAAUCCUCACAGAAGAAGUAAAAAGUUAUCUAAUUACUUGUAUGUUCAUACAUUUCAUGUGCAUAAUUAAAAAUAGAUUAUAAAGUCUAGAAGAAACCUGAAACUACUUUCUUUACCAUUAAUAUUUCA